GACCGCGAACAUCAUGUUCGAAGACGACCUGCAAGACGAUGUUCCCCCGCCUGCGUACGAGGCGUCGCAGCAGGAACUAGAUCGUAAAAUAUCACUGGCGGUACAGCAGUCGUUGUCGAUUUCCCAGGGCGCACUGGGCGCCGUUGACGGCGAGGAGGUUUGGGAGGAGUGGGACGAAGCUGCAUUCGAGGCUGCUGCCGCGCGAGGUGCUGCUCAGACUGUAGGUGCCGGUCCCUCUUCACCGGUGUCACCGACGAGGGCGUCGGCGCCGGGUACUGGUGAAAGUGGCGGCGGAUCCGGUGCCUCCUCCUCUGCCAUCCAGCCCCUGCGCAUCGUGAAGAAGAAGAAAACUCCUUCAAUAUCCUCGGCUGCAGAGGAGAAGCGCAAGCUUGCGCUCGUUGUGCGGAAUGAGGAGCGCCAGCCUUCUGCGCCGAGUUACCAGUCGAGUCGGUCGGGUUCGUCUGUUCAUGAUCGCUCGGUACACGAAGUACCUGAGGACGACGACUAUGAUGUCCGUUCAAUCCCUCCACCUCCAUUUGCCCCUGCACCUAGGGUGCAGGAUGUAGCCUGGCGGGACACGGAUUCGAGGAUAGCAUCCCCGUUGUCUUCCCCAAGACUGGAACCGUCCGGUUGGCAGGCCCAUGGACCCGCGAACACGCAGGUCCGACCCUUCAGUUUGUCUCCCUCACCAGGACCAGAGGGCUCGUCAUCCUCUCAGGGUCUGGCUACCCCGAGAAGGCCAUAUAACAGACCGAGUCCUAGGCCUUCGACGAGUUACACGCCCUCGUCGAGGGGAUCGGUCUGGAACUCCCCGGCACCUCUAGUAGAUUUCAACCCUGCUGUGGCCUAUACCAAGGCCAGUACAUUUGGCAAGGUGCCUAUGGAGGAGGAACCGUUCGCCACGGGUGUGAAUGCAGCCUCGCUCUACAAGUCGGCUGUCCAAGCCCAUAUGUCACCAGCGCAGCCCACCCCGCGCAGGAAAUCCGUCGGUCAGACCAACCGCUCGUCGUCGGCAUCAAUAUACGGCGAACCAACCAAUUUCCCAUUUACACCCAACAGGCUGGAGCCGUUAAGACCGCAAUCCAUGCUCCCGACGCCUUCACAAUACCCUUCAUACCCAGUUAACACCCCGCCCCCACCCCGGCCGCAUCUGAACGCUGCCAAUACCCAGGACUUUUACGGUCAUCCACAAAUGCAGCAUAGCCGUCAGAGCUUCCAGCAUUCAUUGCCUGUGACAGUCGCUGGGCCGAACCGAUGGGCGGUGUCUGAGGUUGAUAUCAAUCGUGAUAUUUAUCAUUGA